CAUCAACAGUCCUCUUCUCGCUGACUAAGCCUCGGCGUGCGGGCAUAUAUAAAGACUCGCGCGCUUGCUCGCUCACCUAUAGUCGGUUUUCGCUUCGUCGACGACUCCAUCGUUCAGCUCGUUGGACAGACAGAAGCGUCCGUCACAAUGCAGAUUUUCGUAAAGACCCUCACGGGCAAGACCAUCACCCUCGAGGUGGAGUCCUCGGACACCAUCGACAAUGUAAAAGCCAAGAUCCAGGACAAGGAGGGCAUCCCCCCUGACCAGCAGCGUCUGAUCUUCGCCGGCAAGCAGCUGGAGGAUGGUCGCACCCUUAGUGACUACAACAUCCAGAAGGAGUCCACCCUCCACUUGGUGCUUCGUCUGCGUGGUGGUGCCAAGAAGCGCAAGAAAAAGACCUACAACACCCCCAAGAAGAUCAAGCACAAGCCCAAGAAGGUCAAGAUGUCCAUCCUGAAGUACUACAAGGUGGAGUCCGACGGCAAGAUCAAGCGUCUCCGUCGCGAGUGCCCCUCUGCUGAGUGCGGCGCCGGUAUCUUCAUGGCCUUCCACAACGACCGUCAGUACUGCGGCAAGUGCGGCCUGACGUACACAUUCCAGCCGGGCACCAAGCCUCCCGCCGUCUAAACGGGAGCAACGUUGUAGAUUGUCUUGCGUUCAUGUACCGUAUCACUACCAUGCGACCGUGCUUCCGUAUGCAAUCGAUAUGAUCAUGACUGUAUUAUGCAAGGUGGACUUGAGCUUGAGCCACGGUCGUUGUGCUGCCUUCUGAUCCUGUAUGAGUGA